AUGGCUGGCCAUGUAAGAAUGGGCGGCGUUAUGGAGCCAACCUUCCAUAAACUGGACAACUACGGCGAUAUUAUUUUGGUCUUGGAUAAGCAGGAUGCUGCAUAUGAAGACAACGAGGAUUUCUAUACUCUGUUUGAGCUUCCUUCGCCUAUAAACGAGGAACAAAUUGAGGAGAACCUUCCAGACCCUUCUCUUUAUACAGCGAAGAAAGGUCGUAAGAAAAAGGCCUCUGGCAUGCUGCCUUGGGAGUAUCGUAUAGUCGAACCCGAGCUAGUAUUUGAAGUUGAACCUGAACCCGAGCCUGAGAUCGAACCUGAGCAAGCAUUUGAAGUCGAACCCGAAUCCGAACCUGAGCCUGAGGUCGAGCCAGCCCUUUACUGGCUAGGUGAGAGCCAGGAAAGGACGAACGCCGAGUCUCGUGCGCCGGCGACUGGCAAUGAAGCGGACAAAGAUGAGUUCGAAGAGAUGGGCAUUCAGGCCGCAGAUAACUCGACUCCACGCGGCCUAUCUCACCCUAUUCAAUUUCAAGUAUCCUCUAAACAUCUCACACUUGCUUCGCCUGCCUUUGAGAUAAUGUUGAAAAGAGCAUGGUCUGAGGCACACACCCUUAAUACCCAAGGAUCUGCAGAAUUACGCGCGCUUGGUACUACUUCGGAGGCUCUCCGCAUUUUUCUGAACGCUGUCUAUGGCCGCACGCAUGAUAUUCCACGAACCGUGGAAGUCAGGCUUCUGUGCGAAGUUGCGGUUCUCGUUGAUUAUUAUAAAUCUUAUGAUGCCCUUCAAUUUUAUGCCGACACUUGGAUUAAAGGCCUGAGGCACCAGUCGAGAGAGAUGACCCAAGAUAGUGUUAGAUGGCUAUGCAUAUCUUGGGUGUUUAAAAGCAGCGAUAUCUUCGAAAGCGUUACUGGGGUUUUCCAGCGCCAGGCAAAGGCUCCGCUUCAGGUCUCGAAACUUCCAAUCUCGGGUGCCGUGAUAGGUAAAGAAUCACCCCUAUAG